AUGGUCAAUUACGAAGGGGCUGUCGAGAAAAUGAAUGUGGUGCUAAUGCGCAAGUUCCGUGAAUUCGCCGAGACAAGGAGGCUCGUUCAGCUCCCAGUUUUCUUACAAUAUUAUGCCUUCGAUGUAAUUAGUUAUAUCACGAUGGAUAGAAGUUUCGACAUGAUGGAAACAGAAAGGGACCGCACUGGUUUCCUACAUAAGAUUAAAGUGGCCACGGAACAUCAAAUGAGCUUUGGUCCCUUCCCUUUCUUACAUGUUGUACUCACUAGGGUUGCUGCCUUGCUUAAAUUGAAAGAUCCGCAUAAUGAGUUGUUCCAAUUCAUCGGAGAAUCGAUUCAACGGUUUCGUCAAGUCGGCUCUGAGCCCAAUGAGAACCCAAAGUCUGAACCAUUCCUCGCCAAACUUCUCGAUCUAGAACUGAAAGGGAAAAUUGAUGAAGGAUCUAUUUUCAGUUCUUGUGGUUCGAACGUCAUCGCUGGGUCUGAUACUACAGCUAUCACUCUAAGUGCUGCUUUCUUCUACAUAUACCAAAACCCAAUGGUUCUCAAGAAGCUCCGGGAUGAGAUUGAUGCACAUGAACGUGCAGGACUUUUGUCGAGUCCGGCUGGAUUCAAAGAAGCGCAGCAGAUGCCAUAUCUACAGGGAAUAAUUAGGGAAACGCUUAGGAUGCACCCGGCCGUGGCGCAAAUGCUACCACGAGAGGUUCCGCAAGACGGUGUCGUCCUCAGUGGAUAUCAUUUCCCAGCAAAGACACAAGUCGGCAUCAGUGCAUGGGCACUGCACUAUAACCCAGAACUGAUUGAUUCCCCGCGAGUUUUCCGUCCUGAAAGAUGGCUCGAGGGUGAUGCAAACAAACCGCUAAGUCCGGCCUUGAAUUUCGCGUUCGGCGGUGGCUCGCGUGUCUGCCUCGGCAAGAAUAUCAGCCUGCUUGAGAUGGCCAAAGUCAUCCCUGAAGUGGUGCGUCAUUUCGAUAUUCGCUUUAAAAAUCCAGGUCAGCGGUGGGAACUUGAUGUAGGCUGGUUCACCUGGUCAUCUUACAAGUGCUGGAUUGAAGAGAGGAGACCUGCGAAGGGCUAA